CCCUCACGGCGCGCCGCCAUUUUGCCGCCGGUACCGGGCGCGGCGGCCGCGCGCGGCUCGUGACGUCACUAUCGCGAUCGGCGGCGCCCCCCGUCGCGGCCGGUGACGUCAUGUCGUCGGCGGGCGGCGUGCGGCGCGCGCGGCAGCUGCUGCACGUGUCGGUGCUGGCGCAGAGCGCGGCCCCGUGCGGGCGCUUCCUGGCGGCCGCCAACGACUUCGGCGAGAUCGCGAUAUUCGGGCUCUCGGCCGCGCUCAGCGCCGAGGCCAAGGAGGAGAACCGGAGGCCGCUGAACGUGCUCAGGGCGCACUCGGGCCCCAUUUAUUCCUUGGCCUCGACCGAGCGGCUCCUCCUGAGCGGCAGCCUUAACGCAAUCGAGGGGCUGGGGCUGGGCCGAAGCUGGGCCAAG